UUAAAACAGAAAAAAUGCGGUUUAUAUCAUAUAAUAUCUCCGGUAAAAACGCGUACUGCAUUUUAUAGUUGGUUUGUAGUAAAUGAAAAGAAAAAAGAAAAAAGAAAGAGCAUAUCGUAGUAUAUUUGAAAUCUCUCCAAAUUAAUACAGUUUGUAUGUGUAUUAUGUCGGAGAUUAAAGAUGAUCCACGAGAAGUUCUCGUUCUUUUGAAUUCAUUAGGAUUCGUUGGCAUUACCGCGGCUCAAUUAAAAGCUUUUAUGAAAGAUUUGAAAAUCUACAGAAAAAUAAAAGAGCGCGAAAAACAACAACGAAAAGAAGAGAUUAAAACAAAAAUAAUUAGCAAACAACAGACUCUGAUUAAGGAAGCAUCUCAUAGGUACCAAGAUACAGAUUAUUCCUUAAUUAAUGUUCCCUCUGAAUCAUCAAAUUCCAAUGACGAUGAAUCAUUGAUAAGAGUUAAGAUAAAAUGCAUUCCUAAGAUAUCCGAAGAAGAAAUUCAGAAAGAUGUUUCGAAACAUACUACAACAACUGCGAUAAAAUCAAAUGAAAAAGUGUCAACAAUAAAAUACCAUAAAGAAGAUGUUCAAGUAGUCGAAUCAGAUAGGAUUUGCUGCAAACAAGACUGUGUUAAUGUUAAACCUUUCCCAAUUAUAAGAUGUUCAAAAAAUGAAAAUAGACAAAAUGUUUCUAAAUGCUUAACAAGAGAUGAUUAUUUGACUGAAAAAUACAAGCUUAAUUUAAGAGCGGAUCAAGUAAAACCAAUAACUUCAGUAUUUGAGCACGCGAUAUGUAAACCUAGAUUAUUAAAUUGUGUAAGUGGAUCAGAAUCAAAGAGUGUAGCAUCGGAUCCAACUGGAAAUGUGCAUAUGCAAAAUAUUUUAUCUGCAAGAUCAUCUAUUAAUUCCAGACAUAAAUCGUUUAUUCGUCCAUGGAGAUUGCAACCACAAGCACAAAAAAUCAUCAAUAAGAAAUGUGACCCAGUUGCUCUUUAUCAAAAGUAUCAACAAGAAUGGAAACAAAUAUCUUUCCCUGGAGAAGCAAAACAUUCAAAAGUAAGAUGGGCUGUACGGGAAAAGAUGCUUGGUACAGAUCCACAUCCUAUGCCACUUUUAAGAAAAUCCACAAGUACAUCAAUGUUAAAGGGAAAAUGGUAAUAGCUGUUUUAAGUGUUUUACUAUGAUAGUUGUUUUAAAAAUAUGUAAAAAACUGAUAUAUAAUGUAUAAUGACAAUAAUUAGAUUAUAUUGUAU